AUGGCUUACACAUCGUACAAGACGUUGAUCCCAGUACUCAUAUUCGGCGCCGUCGUGCUUGCCGAUAUCCUUGAUAGCCCCGAAUUCGAAGGGCUGUUCCCAAACGAUGAGAACCCAUCAAUCCCACCAGACCCAAAAGCCUGGGAAGGCGUGAAAGGCGUGGUUGUCUCGGGGCGAUCCUCCGACUUGGUCGAGCGUCAAGGCGUGGUGUAUGUCGUUCUGGCUAUCACUCUUGUGGCUCAGAAAGUCUGGUCAGCUGUCAGCUGGGCAGUUGGCUUGUUCGGACUCGCAUCUUCGGCGUAUGGACUUGCGAAAGAUUGUGUCCAGAAGUAUGAUAGGUCGGACUGUAUCAUUGCUUCCAUUGGAUUGGUGAUCAGUGCCUUUGCUACUGGGUACAAGGUCAAGUCUGGAUUCCGUGUGCGGAGUGAUGGGCUUGAGACUCAUGCAUACUGGAUCGAUGCCGACGAGGCAAAGCGAUCGUCAGAGGCACAUAUCCCGCUAUCCCAUAGAUCACUCAAAGAAUCUUCCAUGGCAACCCAAAAUAACGGAACAUGGGAGCGACAUGCAACUUUCUUCUGGGAUAACGAGGAGUCUCACUAUCUUAUGUACCGAAAAGCAACACCCGAAGAUCUUGGUUUUGAGAAUGACGGCACUUUCCAUCAUUACCGUAUCGAAGACAGUGACAACGUGAAAGAUCUUCGCAAGAGAAUUGAAUUGGGCCACCCCGGACUUGAGAAGCGUCUUGAGAACAGAGCCUACGGCGUUGUGACCGAUUACCUCUGGCAAAACGGAAACCAAAAUAACUACAACCAGAUGCAUGAUUCGGCUGAUUUCAAAGAUAUGACACGCAAGAUUGACAACUAUUUGGAAGGAAAUAAGCAAGGGGUGUCUUGUCUGACUCCCAUUGGGACGGUUGCUGGGCCUGGAGGCAGUACUCGGUUCCGGGUUGACAACGGUAUUAUCGCGUAUGGCUGGAACGAUAAGCCUUUUGGGUUCAAUGGGCGUGCUGGAAGCUGGACAGAGGGAUGUAAGGGGAGCAACGUUUGA